AUGGCGUCUAUUCUGGAAAUGCAACCCUAUAAUAACACCGAGCAUGAUUCACCGGCCAUAUCACUCAGUCGAAUUCAAACAUUAGAUCGAGAACAACAAGAAGGAUCUUCCCAAGAAGAUAUGGUACCGGUCAUAUCUUCACAAGAGCCAAUCUCUAAUUCCAAAGCAAUAAUAAUCGUCAUCGCCUCAUUCAUCAUCGUAUUUACUUGUUGCGGCAUAAACUUCGCAUUUGGAAUUUAUCAAGCCCUCUACGAAACCCUCUCCCAUGAACCCAACACUCCCUUCACAGGCGCUUCUCCAGCUAUAAUCGAUCUAAUCGGCACAACAGCCGUAUCCGUAAUGACCAUCGGCGGCCCCUUAGCCGUCGGUUGGGCAAAGAGAUUCUCUCCACGAAAAGUGACUCUAUCGGGAGCUGCGAUCUUCACUUUGGCUCACAUAUUGGCUAGUUUCGGCACGAAGUUAUGGCAUUUUGAGCUUACACAGGGUCUUUUGUUGGGCGUGGGGACUUGUUUGGCGUAUAUGACCUCUGUGACUGUUGCGCCGACUUGGUUUUCGGCGAGGAGGGGGUUGGCGAUGGGGAUUAUUCUUUCUGGUACCGGUGUGGGUGGUCUUGUAUGGGCACCCGCAUUGAAGGCUUGUAUUGAUGCGAUGGGGUAUCGAAACGCUUUGAGACUGACGGGUGCUGUUUCGUUUGUGUUGAAUACCGGUGCCGGCGCAGCGAUGACAUGGGAACCGAGCCGAAAGGCUCAGAUUGAGGUUGAGCUAAGUUAUGAAACCGCCAGGAAUCCACGAAACAUCUUUGCGGUACCGCUCGUUGAUUUGAGACUGGUCAAGACCCGAAAAUUCAUUGCCCAGGCUUUGGGAGGGAUAUUUCAGGGUGCUGCCUAUUAUAUUCCCGUCUUCUUCUUUGCGACUUAUGCGAGUACGUUGGGGUAUAGUGAUACGGCCGGUGCGAAUUUCAUUGCUCUCAGCAACGCCUGUAACGCAAUCGGCAAGGUCGUUAUUGGAUACGCAGCAGAUAGAUAUGGUCGAUUGAAUGUCUUGCUUCUAACGACGAUUAUAAGUGCACUUUCAGCACUGGUGUUUUGGAUCCCUUCAACACUGCUCCCUUUUGCGCACCAAGAGGCUUCUCGAGGUCUAUUUAUCACAUUCACCAUCUUCUACGGUAUAUUCGCCAGCGCUUACGUCGCCUUAUUCCCGACAAGCCUGGUUGAACUGUUUGGUCCACAGAAUUUCGCAUCCGUGAAUGGAUUCUUGUAUAUGCUCAGGGGACUUGCGACUAUGGUUGGAACUCCGGUUAGUGGUUUGCUCAUUCGCGGAUCGACGGCUGCAGCCCCUGUGAUGACCCCGAAGAUGUAUGAAGGGAUGUCAAUUUUGGUGACUAUGUUGUUGUUUGCGACCGCUUUUUCGGUGGUGUGGGUUAGGGUUGAGGCGAUGGUUGGGCCGGAUGGGAGGGCGCAUUGGAAGUGGAGGUUAUAAUUCUUCAUUCUGGAUAGGUAUUUGAUGAGAUUAUGAGAGCCUUGAACUGGGAGCAUUGGCAUACAUUGAAUGGACUACAAUUGCAUCUGGGGACCGUCGACGUUACUUCUGUACAUUAUCGAACACUCUACUCUAGACACGAAUUACGAUUGAGGGGGC